AUGUAUUUUUGGUUUCUUUCCGCUUUCGAGUAUGAUUCUGUAGAUCUAGAAUUUUUUUUUUUAUGAACCUGCAAUCUGAUGACAAAUUCUUAGCAUCUGAAUGUUCAAUAUCACAGUUUCAUGUGUAUAUAUCUCUUAUGAUAUGGUUAUCAUUGAAUUUCUAAUUAGGGUUUUGCGACAAUAGAUAGUAGUAUCUUUUUGAAAAAUUGGGUCAGGGGUCCGAUGAUGAAGACUACUGCUCUGCUCGAAAAGAACCCCCUUCCUCCCGGUGCGAAAGCGAAGAGCAAAGCCCGCCAACACGCGAAAUCGAAGAGAAAGGAGAAAUUGAAACAGGAGGAGAAAUCGAACACGUCCUCGUCCGAGGAAACUGGUGAUACUAGUUUUUAUGAUUCAGAAUCGAAAUUCUUUAUGUCCGAGAAUUAUUUGGCUGCUAUGAACAAAGAGCGCCUUCUGGGGCUUGGGCCUGAUCAAGAGAUGUAUUCUCAUCCGGUGACUGAGCAAGAAUAUAUUGCCUUUUUCGAUUUAGAUGUUGAGGAAUAUGAGUCGAUGUUUGAUAGAGUGCGUAGGGAUUGCUCCUUUAGUGCUCGCAUAAAAGAUCGACAAAGUCGCAACACCAACUCCAACUCCAACUUAACAGCUUCAACCCCGGUUGGCAAGGCUACUGGCAGUGGUGCUUUGCUUGAGUGACAAUCUAUAAAACUAACUAUGAAGGACUUCCAGACUUAUCAAUACCUUCUUAUUGUCUAUCUAUCCUUAUUGUAUAUGUCCACUAUGUUGGGAUCAAAUACUUAUAGAAACAAUUCAGGCUUUUGAAAUAUUUGUCAUCUUGACCCUUUAUUAUUUUAUAUGUAUCUGGGGUUCAGUA